AUGCCACCAGAAUUUACAGCCCUGAUCCAAGAAUGCACCAGAGGAUCAACCAAGGCUUCAUCAUACCUUUCUCGCCUGGGGCUGCUAAACGGGUUCACCGACCCCACAAAGCCAGGACGACCAGGAUUCAAGUCGAAUGAUACAAUUCGAAAAUUCUGGAAAGCCACGAACGACAAGGUUCAUGCAAUUGCGCUGCUUUACAAGUCAAGAAACGCCAUACGCGAAGCACUUGUCAGCCAGCGUAUUACUCUGGACGAAACUGUCAACGAGUGUCUCGAGGGGGCUGGGCCUAGGAUAUGGAGUGACGGAGUGGUAGCAGAGUUUCUCACUACUCCUGAUGUUACUGGGGCGCUCAGUGAAGCCCUUGAUGCCGAGUCUGCUCCCAAAUCCAAGAACGCUUCAGAGUUCGCCGAGAGAGGGUACCCGAGACACCUCAUCUAUGGAGAUCCUGAUGAUCGAAACAAACGCAAAGGGAAAUCCUCUGACGCCGCGCCCGAAACCGAGGAUCCCAAACCGCCAACAAGCUUCAUGGACGCCGUACGCGCCGCUUUGGAGAACAGCAAGCGUAAACAGAGCAGAUCCCAAGUCGGCAGUAACCCAGGGAAAGCCAGUGAGUCAUCCGUCAAGGACAGGGCCAACUUGACAGAAAAUGGUAUGGACGCCCAGUUCCUCCAUGAUCGGGGUAAGCUGGGAAUCCAGCUCCUUGGUCUUUUCGAAUCACAGAAUCCCGAACGCCAAGACGUUGCAGAGAUGCAAAAGGUUGUGGGACACAUCGACAUGAUGGCCGUGAAAUAUAGUGAAGAGCUCAGGGAGGGACUGGAAAGCAGCAAGUACGAGAAGUACAAAGGAGCUCUGGAAAAAUGGCUAACAUGCACGCGAACACUUGUCGAGUACCGCGAGGCUACUGGUCUUUCCGGCGAUGGCCAAGCCAUAUUAACCGGCUUCAAAGCCCUGCCAGUGGAGAAGAAGAAGGCGGGACGUCCUUACUUCAUGAAGGUUGAAGAGAUCCGAGCAUGGCGUGAGUGUGAUAGUACGGCGCUUCCAGGAUUCUGUAAAGAGGUGGGUUCCAUGCUUUUGAAGAUGGCCAGUUUUCCCACGUUGGGCAAGGAGUCAGAGUUGGGUAUGGAGCUAGAUGAGCUUCUUCUAGGUCUGAUCCCUUUCACGACGCGGCUGAUGGAAUGCUUCCUGGCCACGCCGCCCAAUCCCUGA